CAGAAGACUCCGGAGCCCAGGCAGAAGGCGAGGGCUUGUUCCCCCAGCCUCGCUGCCACUGUGUGGCGUCUUAUUUCACCACAGAGACAAGACAUAUCUUGUCCGAAAAACUAUUUAAGGAAGAACUGCAGAUGCUGGAAAAAUCGAAGGAUGGAACAGGCAGAGCAUUUGUUUACGGGAUUCUCAAACGGAGUCACUGUGUCAACUUAGCCGACCAGACACCAGAUAGUUCACAGCAUGGAUAAAUUAUUCACCAGCUCGCAGUGUGGGCAGGGAUUCACUCAAUCUUCCCACCAGCAAGAUGAAACUGUGGUGAAACCACUUGCCUGUUCCGAUUGUGGGAAUGGAUCCACUCAAGCAAGCCAUCUGAAGGGACACCAGCAAAUUCACACUGGGGAGAGGCCAUUCACCUGCUUCGAGUGUGCAAAGAAAUUCACUAAUUCUUCCAGUCUGGUGGCCCACCAACGGAUUCACACUGGAAAGAAACCAUUUCCCUGUCCCGAUUGUGGGAAGGCAUUCACUCGAGCAAACAACCUCCAAAGGCACCAGCAAAUCCACACUGGAGAGAGGCCGUUCAUAUGUUCUGAGUGCGGGAAGGGAUUCAUUCAAUCCGCUGAGCUACUGAGACACCAGCAUGUUCACACUGGGGACAGGCCAUUCACCUGUUGUGAGUGUGGCAAGGGAUUCAUUCAAUCUUCCCACCUGGGGACCCAUCAGCGAAUUCACAGCGUGAAGAGACUGUUCACCUGUUGUGAGUGUGGGAAGGGAUUCAUUCAAGCAUGCAACCUGAAGAGGCACCAGCUAACUCACACCGGGGAGAAGCCAUUCACCUGCUCUGAGUGUGGGAAAAGAUUCACUGAUUCAUCUGAGUUACAGAGGCACUUCAGAAUUCACACUGGGGAGAAGCCAUUCACCUGCUCUGAGUGUGGGAAGGGAUUCAGUCAAUCUUCCAACCUGCAGACCCAUCUGCGAAUUCACAGCGUGGAUAAAUCAUUUGCCUCUUCCAACUGUGGAUCUGCCUUCAACACUGUCAUCCCCGCUAGCUUGAUCACCAAACUCAGCGGACUUGGCAUCCACCUCCCUCUGCAAUUGGACACUGGAUUUCCUCACCAACAGACCACAGUCUGUUAGGGUCAACAACCUCACCUCCUCCACUAUAACACUGAACACGCGUGCCACAGGGCUGUGUGCUCAGCCCUCUCCUCUACUCCCUCUUCACCCAUGACUGCAUCCCUAAGAAUGGCUCCAACGCCAUCAUUAAAUUUGCCGACGACACCACGGUUGUAGGACUGAUCAGUGACAACGACGAGUCAGCCUACAGGGAGGAGGUCCAGCACCUGACAACCU